CUCUCUCCCCCUCUCACCACAUCACCACCUCCCAGUUAGAGGAAGUUCACUCCACUUCACUGUUCUCUCUGUCAGACCCUGCAGCAGCACGUUGAACACUGGGCCAGUGUGACGGAAAUUAAGGGGACCUUUUGUGUAUUGCUGAAAAGAGGAACCUUCCUGGGAGGGAAAAGACACCAGGCCGUGGCCCCGCCAUGCAUGUGAGACAUGACCAACAAGGCAGCCUGAGAUAGCUCGAGCAGCAUGGAGCCUAUAGGCAGCUGCGCCCCCUUGGCCUCAGAGUCGGACAUCUACCGCAGUGUCCAGGCCGUGCUCAGGGAGCUGGAGAGCCAACACCCCUCCUCUGUGCUCAAUAAAGGGAUGCUAAGAUGGACACUGCACAAGAAGGUUCGGAACAAUCCUGCCAACAGUCUCAUUCUGGUGAGAGUUGUCGUCAAGGAGCUGGAAAGGGCUGAGAGGGUAGACUGUCGGACACACAUCAUCCCCCUGCUCCACACACUCAUCUAUGCUGUCAUCCAGUCAGCCUACCUUCCUGAUGACCUGUACAAGCGGGUAUAUGACUUCUGUAAGAGGUUGCUUACCCUCCCCCAGCCCUACUGUACUGUAGGCCUCAGCUACACCAGACGCAUGAAGACAGAACGCUACACACCAGGAGUACUGUAUCAGAGGAUGGUGGUCGCAGAGCAGAGCCUGAAGAAUGACUACCAUUCCUUUCAGGAGAGGGUGUUUGUGUUCGCCGAUCCGGCGGUCUUCUCCGGCCCCCACGGUGAGGCGCUGAGGGGGGACAUCGAGGCCUCGGGGUCAGGGGGGUAUCUGAAUCCCCUUGACCACAUGCGGAGCGUGGUCCAACACUCCAUCCAGGCUGCUCUCGGAGGGGAGCUGUGCCACGGUCCUAAACUGGCACAGGCACUGAAGACUGUGUGUGUGUGUGUGUGUGUGUGUGUGUGUGUGUGUGUGUGUGUGUGUGUGUGUGUGUGUGUGUGUGUGUGUGUGUGUGUGUGUGUGUGUGUGUGUGUGUGUGUGUGUGUGUGUGUGUUUGCGUGUGUGUGUCUGUUUGUGCGCGCGUGUCUGUGGCAGGAAAUUGGCCAGGACGUGGAGCCGUACUUCCAGGAAGUGGUGGCCAGUCUGGAGCAGAGUGUGGAGGAGGGCACCAAGGGGGAAGGGGUGGUGCUGAGGGGGAGACUGGGACAACUCUACAGAGAGAUCCUCACCCAUACUGACACAUCAGACACAUUGUCCUCCGGUGGUGGGGGUUGCCUGUGUGACAUGCCGCUUCCCAACCCGGAGAUGAGCUUCCACCUGUGGAGGGAGGAUGAGGAGAUCUGGCGCGUGCUGGCCAAGUGCGUGCGCUCCAGCUCCAUGUCGUCAGAACACUUCUGCCUCAGCCAGGACCAGGAGACCGACUUUGACCUUGCCGACCUCCCCGCCGACCUCACUUCCUCCUCCGCCAUGCCCCGCCACUCCGUGAUGUCCACCGACAGCGGCAUCGAGAGGGACCUUCCCCCUGGGGUUGAGCCUUCAGUGGUGGAACCCUCUGGUGGUUCGGAGGAGGGGGAGGCCAGGUUAACCCGACGAGGAGGCAUCAAGAUGAGGCCGUCAGUCACGGACAAUAUGGCCCUGAUGCAGGACGCUCUGGAGGAGAGCGGGAGUGUGGCCGGGGGAGGGGGAGGCGGGGGAGGGGGGACACUUCAUAGGAAGGCGGGGUGCAGCGGGACCCCCUCAUUCUCCAAGCAGCAGAGGCACUUCACAGCCCGGAUCGUGGUGAUGGGGGACGACAGGGUGCUGGGGAAGCUGGCUAAGGCCUUCUACUUUCUCAGGAAAAGGGAAGCGCGUCGUCUCUUUCUGACCAUGAAAGUCAACUUCCAGUUUUACUACAUCCCUGUCUGUGAGGAUCCCAGUACCACCUGUCCUGUCAGAGAAAACCUCUCCCCAUCCCGGGAAAACCCCUGUGCCCUGGGUUCCUACUUGGGAAUGGUGGAUCCAUGGUACGACUGCAACAUCAACAGUCUGGGUUCCAUGAUCCCCAAGAUUGCCAAAAUGCAGUCCAACAGCAGCAAGCAGGCAGAGCCUAACCCCUUCCUGUCUGAUGUCAUUUCCUACUACGUGCGGACUGGACUGCAGCCUGUUUACUUCACCAUCUAUUCUGUCAAGAUCUGCUUCUCCAACCUGACCAAGGACCCAGUGGAGGACGUGUUUCUCUCCCACUUGGGGCUGGACUUCCCCGAGAUCAAACAGUCCCCAACUACUUUGAAAGCCACAACCAUCAAGCAGAAGAAGAACACAGGAGACGCAUGUGGUGCCGUCGUCUCUGUCAACUACAAAAAGGUGUCGUUGAGUGGUAGAGAUGUAGAUAAGGGUAUGUCAUUGAGGACCUCAGGUCUUCAGAUUAGUGCCAUUCCCUCCCAUGAAACUGAAGAUCUGAACUGUCUUACAGUCGCUUUCAACGAAACUAAACCCAAGAACACCAUGGAGGCCAAGAUCCGUACCUGUAACGUUAAGAUCAGGACCCUGGAGAUGAAAACCUUCACUGUGACCCUGGACAAAGACUCUAGGAGAACCUUCAGAGACGUACAGAGCAUAGAGAUCGCUCCCUGUCUUGACCCUGGAUACUGUGUCCAGAAGACCAUGCGGUCCAAGUUCAGUUUGGGGGAAGAGGAGAGGGACGCUGGCCUCAGCAAGUACAUGAACAAAGGACUUCCUCUACCAAUCAAUACCUUCGCUGGUAUCAUCAACUGACUGAUCCCACAACCAUCUGGAUGGACUCCACUGUACAGAGACUGAAACGUUGAGACCAUCUACAUUGCAUGAGGAUCAGGGACGCGCUUAGUACUCACAACAGCGCCUCAGUGUACCUUGAAGGGAUGUGGAAAGAGAACCUGGGUGGCAGCUACGGGUAACCCACGGUUAUGUACCUGGUGUAACCUUGACAAGAAAACCAGUUGAGUUUGACAAGUGUUAGAUUUGUCAACAAACAAAUGAAUUUGCCAUGGGUAUUGGAUCUCGUUCAAGUUUCUGCUUGUGACAGUUUUAUCAUAUACUGUUCCCAUAGGCAUAUCUCUGACUGACGGCAUAGUCAAAGAACAAUAUUGCCUCUAAAAUUGACAAUUUUAUGAGAGUGUAUGAGGCAUGAGAGUGAAGCUCAGUUGGUAUUAGCUCCUAGAUAAGCUUUAGCUCAGAGAACUAACAUAAACUUAAACAACCUGGGUUCAAAAUCUGUCCAUCAGAAGAGCAGCCCACCCUCCCAAUCAUCUAACCUAAGGGAAGACUCAUCCAUCCCUUGACGUCAGGGUUGGGGCAAAUUCCAUUUCAAUUCAGUAAAGUUAUGGAGUAAACUGAAAUUCCCAUAGGAAUUGACUGAAUUUAAAUGGAAUUGACCCCAACCCUGCUUGCCAUGUAAACACACUACCUGCUGCUCUUUGAGUUCUGACACUGAAUAACCCUGGUAGGGUGAUUUUCAUUACUAAGCUUGGCAGAAGAACAACUUAAAGAUAGUUUGAUGUCUUGGUGAGCUAACAACAGAAGCUCUUGACAGCAGUCACUUGUUGGAUUAACCCGUUCUUUAAGAAACAGGUUCCAUUUAAAGGGGCAUAUAGUCUAUUACAGGCCAAGUCUGCUCUCUGACCUCAUCUAGGUUCUUGAGAGUUUGAAUGCACUGUGCACAAGCCUUCAGUAAAAACAUGACACAAAAGAACAGGCACCUAUUUUAAGAUCCCUAAAGAACAUGUUGCAUGACAGGAAACUGACUCGGGGGGAGGAGGGGGGACUUUGAUCUGUAUGCUAUACUAACAAGUGGUGCAAAGCCCAGUGUGGUUGACUAUUACCAUGCUAGGAGGCCUAUGCUAAAAUGAAAGUUAAACUCUGAGCCCUUUGCUUGUUUCAAAUGAAUUUAUCACGCCUAACUUGAAGGUGAUGGAACACAGUCACCGCUGUCAGACAUAGGCCGGUUUACAAUAAAUCAUGAGGUGAUGGGGACUAGUUAUCAUAUAUGCACCCAUAAAAAGUAUGUCGAUGACAGAAAGACAGACAUAGAGAGAGAGAGAGAGAGAGAGAGAGAGAGAGAGAGAGAGAGAGAGAGAGAGAGAGAGAGAAAGACACUGACUGACUGAAUGACUGAGUGGCCACAUCUAUAAAAGCCACUGUCAUAAUACCAUUGAAAGAAACAAGGGUCUUAAAGAGUAUUCUGAUCACCAGCUAGUAUGUUUGUAAUGCAUCAUCAAUCAUCAACAGACCUUUUUGCACACUUGUCUAUUUUUUAAAUGUUAUGUAUGUAAGACUAAUCAUUGGAGUAUGGUGUCAUUGCAAUUACUUGUUUAAUAGUACUGUAAAUACAUGUAUUUUUUAUAUAAUUACUGUAUAUUUUAUGUAAAAAGAGAGAAUUUGAA